CACCCAAGGAGCAGUAAUGGCGGACACUCCACCGUUUGACUUGUUCUCUUCUCAUGACUUCACUCCUCCUCCUCUCCCUCCUAUUGACGAUGAGGAAGAGGAACAGAGAGAAGGAGGUGCCUUUGAUCCUACUCGUAAAGAGAGGGACCUAUUCUCCAGCAGAGAAGAAGAGAAAGACUCACUUCACUUUGACCCUGGUCCCUCUCUCCUCCCUAGCCCUCCUCCUCCUCUACCAGCCCCAGCCCCUGACCCACCGACCCAUGUCAUUGGUAUAGACCUUGGUACCACAUUCUCCUGUGUCUCAGUAUGGGAGAAUGGUCACCCGGUAGUCAUUGCUAAUAAAAAUGGAAAGAGAACCACUCCCUCUUGGGUCUGCUUUACAAAGGACAUGGUGUUUGUUGGUGAGGCUGCAUUCAGCAAAGGCUCUCGACACCCAACCUCAGCCAUUUAUGAUGCUAAGAGAAUGAUAGGAAGGAAGCUGAGUGAUGAAGCCAUACAACAGUCACUCAAGCUGUGGUCCUUCACAGUGACGGAGUAUAGAGGAGGGAACUGUGCCAUUCAAUUGAAACCUGACGUAGCACCUUCAGGCCACACACAAGUACUUUGUCCGGAGGAAAUCUCGGCCUAUGUACUCGCCAACAUGAAACAGACUGCAGAGGAUUAUCUUGGUUGUCCGGUGACAAGAGCUGUCAUUACAGUCCCCGCCUACUUUAACGACGCCCAGCGCCAGGCUACCAUUGAUGCUGCCAGUAUAGCUGGUCUUAAAGUUGAGAGGAUCAUUAACGAACCAACCUCAGCUGCUCUUGCUUACGGUAUUGAGAAGAAAUCCACCGAAACCAAAGCCCAGACCUUGCUAGUGUAUGACCUGGGGGGUGGUACUCUUGACGUUACAGUUCUGAUAGUGGACGGGCAA